AUGAAGCAGAACCUAUUCGUAGUAGCAAUUUUAUUUUUCGGAUUCACUGCCGGCAAUGAUCAAACUGGGUCAAAAAGCGAAUAUGAAGCUGGAAAUGCCUUAUUCAUUAAUAAAAAGUACACAGAUGCUCUGACACAUUAUCAUAAAGCAAUCGAACUAGAUCCAGACAAUUAUCAAGCCAUUUUUCGCCGUGCGACAACAUACUUCGCGAUCGGAAGAACAAAACCAGGUCUUUCGGACCUUGACACAGUUCUUGAGCAAAAACCAGACUUUGUGGGAGCCCGUCAACAAAGAAUAAACGUUUUAAUGAAAAUGGGUCGGCUAGAAGAUGCAGCUCUAGAUUUGAAAUACUUGGACGCUAUUACACCUUCCAAUGAAGACAUACAUUCGAAGUUGCAACUCAUCGACCAGCAUCAAGACGAUCUCAAUGCUUUGAAAAGUUUUGCAAUUGGUGAAAACUGUGAUGUAGUCGACGAAGUGACAUCGAAACUACUCGAAGACCAUCCUUGGGAUUCAUUUCUAUACAUAUUACGGGGACAAUGCCAUAUAGCCGAAAAUCGUCUCAAACUCGCUAUACACGAUUUCAAACAUGCCUCAAAGCUGUCUUCUGAUAAUACAGAUCUACUUUAUGAUAUGUCAGUUUUGGAGUAUGAAGUUGGAAACGUGAGAGAUGCGUUAAGUUCUAUCAGAGAUUGUCUCAAGUUAAACCCAGAUCAAAAAAAAUGCUAUUCCUCGUACAAGUCACUUCGAAAAAUUGUCAAAUUUUUGGACUCAAUGAAAAACUCCAUAGAAAACGAACAGUGGUCGUCUUGUCUGGAAACUGGAGCUAAACUUCUCCAAUCAGAUAAUCAGGAGCUUGUCGUCAAAAUUAAUGUCUACCGGCUCACAUGCCGUUGUAACCGAGAAGAAGGAAAUGUAGGGACGGCAGUUCAGGAAUGCAGCGAAGUACUAGAAUUCGAUGACUCUGACGUGGAUACUUUGAUUCAACGAGCAGAGACAUAUAUGGCAGAUGAGGAAUAUGAUUUAGCCAUAGCCGACUAUGAAAAAGCCAUUGAAUGGGAUUCGUCUAGUGAGACUGCGAAAUCAGGAAAAGAACAGGCCAAGCGAGCAAAAGAGCUUGUCGGAAAACGCGAUUAUUACAAGAUUCUUGGCGUCAAGAGAAAUGCCAACAAAAGAGAAAUCACGAAAGCUUACAGGAAGAUGGCUCAAAAAUGGCACCCAGACAACUUCCAAAAUGAACAGGAAAAGAAAAGAGCUGAGAAGAAAUUCAUAGAUAUCGCCGCCGCAAAAGAAGUUUUGAGUGACGAAGAGAAAAGACGCGCGUUCGACAAUGGACAAGACCCUCUCGAUUCGGAAAAAGGUCACCAUGCCCAUCGUGGCGGUGGCGGAUUUAACGGUUUCCACGGAUUCAACCCUUUUGGAAGGGGUAGUCAAGAAUUUUUCUUCCAUUUUUAA